CCGGGACGUGAAGUCAGGGAAGAGCUCGGGUUUCAGACUCAACCCUGGCACUCAGUGCAGCGAUGCUGGGGGCCUGCCUCGGGCUCCUGGUCUGUGCCCUGAGCUGGGUCAGAGCCUAUCCCGAUGCCUCCCCGUUGCUUGGCUCCAGCUGGGGUGGCCUGACCCACUUGUACACAGCCACUGCCCGGAACAGCUACCACCUGCAGAUCCACAGAGACGGCCACGUGGACGGCACGCCUCACCCAACUGUCUACAGUGCCCUGGCGAUCAGAUCAGAAGACGCUGGCUUAGUGGUGAUAACCGGGGUGAUGAGCAGGAGAUUCCUCUGUAUGGACUCCAGAGGCAACAUUUUUGGAUCACAGCACUUCAGCCCCCAGGACUGCAGCUUCCGACACCGCAGGCUGGACAACGGCUACGACGUGUACCACUCCCCCGAGCACCGCUUCCUGCCGCGCGCCUUAGCUCCCGGCCCGACGGGCGCAGACGUCUGUGCCCCUCCCCGGGCUGGGCUCCUUCCCGGAGGACCGGGGGCCGAGGGAGUGAGCUCCUUCUUCCGCCUCUUUCCCUGCAUCCCGCGCCCAGACCUCGAGAUCGAUCCAUUCCCUGCGCUUAGCAGAAAGACCGUGAACGACUCUUUCCCCGGUGAACUAAUCGGAACGUGA